GAGCAAUAGUAAGGCGUUCUUCUUUCGGUGCUGGAACAAACCACAGCAAUGUCGAAGGACUCGGCUCAUUCGCGCAUCCCCCGGCUAGAUGGUGUGAGCAGCCGCAUUCCAGUGCCGGGAAGCUUUCGGGUACCGAGCAGCACCGUGCGGCUUCCUACAAAACGAGGAGCACCUCAACCUCCGGCCACGCCGAUCAGUUUUCUGAGGCCACCGUCACAGAGCCGAUCGGGGGCUAUUUCCAUCGCGCGGUCCUAUUCGGGCGACAAACUGUUCAAUGGUGAACCCAGUCCGUUUCCGCUGCUGACCGCUUCUACGCCGGCGCCGGCACAGCUUCGCCUGGGACUGACAACACCGAAAUCGAGUGGCUUGCCAUUUCUGAAGAAGCUAGAGCUGGUCGCUUCGGGAACGACGGAACGCUUGGAGGACAUCAAACUUUGCCAAAGGGAAUUCGCAAUUCCAAGCGACGAUGACGAAGAAGGUGACGGGCAUUGUGGUCCCGAUGGGACAGUUCAGAUGUUGGUAGAUGAAUCGCUCGAGCUGGUAGGAGCGAACAGUACAGAUAACCUGCUGGAUCCACCAACGACGGAACUGGCGUGCAGUGACGAAAAUGCUACGAUCGUUAUAGCGAACAAGCACACUCCUAUGUACGCGAGGAAUGAACAUACCGUCACAUUACAGCGCGAUGGAAACGUCACGUACGAGAUUCGGCGUAGCGGAACCUUCGUAAAGUCCUCCCGAGAGUCAUUGAACUCUCCGCUGGAUCGUCCACGGCCACCUGUGCUGAGUCAAACACACACGCGCAGUCACACCUCGUUGUCGUCGAAUGUGAUUUUGGGCCUGACGAAAACAUUCCGCCGCGAAAGCACCGAAAGCAUCGAUUCUCCGGUGCUGGACCUUACGCGAACCAUGCCCUUCCGGCGUCCAUCUACUGGGGAGCUACUGAUAGAGGAGGAUGGUAACCGACGGCCACCGAUACUGAACUCGACGAUGGUCAACGAGCGGUUGCUGAACGUUACGCAAAGCAUUCCUAACAUAACGCAAGAACUCCUGUAUGCGGACGACGGCCACGAGUCCUGUCUGGCGCCUGGGGAUAGCGUGCUGAACAGAACGACUUCGGUAGAAGAGCAAAAGCUGCAACGGGGAUUGGGUGUUGGUAGUAAAACGAAGCCCAAUCGCUUAACGUUCAAUCUAGAAGAAUCGGUAAAUUUUAUGCAGUUCAGUGCGGUCAGCACGGGACACAAGGAUGGACAAACGAAGGUGUUUAGCUCAACGCUACAUUCAGAUUCGAUGGCUAUUCCGGCCGCAACAGGCAGUGGCCAAGUGCUGCAGUUAGCUGGAAGUCAGCACAGCAGUAGCAUGUUACUGAUGGACAUCAGUGCACAGGAUCGAACGCUAAUUCCAACAGAGUUAGAGCUGGACCGAGGCAGAAUAAGCGACGAUGAGGAGCAUAUGUCGGGGUACUCCCUAGGGCGAAGGAAUAUCAAUCAACGUGAAGUAAGCAUAGAGGCGGAUGUGAGCGCUGGCAAGGAGAUAUUCGACCUGAGUCUUGACGAACCAGAGCCCUGCUGUCAGGAUAAUGAUCAGCAGCAACAAAAUCAAACCUAUUCCCAGCAGGAGGUUGUUCUGAGGCGGCAUUUGGAAAACCGUUCCAACACAGUUCCGGCACCGAAGCAGCGGUUCUCCUUUGGACUCGAUCUGACCGAGUGCACGUUAGAUUGUUCGAUCGAAUUGUGCGACUCUUCCCUUUCGCUGACGAAACCUGCCCAUCUGAAGUCACCCACGAGCUCACUCACCAAGCAGGGUUCGUUUGAGAUGGACGAGAGCCUCGGCAUCCUAACGCCCGAUCAGAUGAAGGAAUUUCUCGACUCGACCACCACCAACACCAACACCAACAAUACGAACAAUGCGGCAAACGCGGCUGGCCUGGAGCUGCAGCUAAAUACGGGCAUGGGCGGAAGUGGCAAUGUCGGCACAGGGGUGGCUCACCAUCAUCACAAGCACGGAGCAUUGCAGCAUCACUGUCGCAUCGAUCAGACACCCUCACCCGAAGAGCUGCCGCUAGAUCCGGUGGGCGUGAAGACCGACAUGUCAGAUAUUAUGCUUCCCUCGGAGUUAUUGCUGAUAGCAGGUGGCCCUCAACCCUACGGUGGAGGUGUGGGUGGUGGACAGGUGAACGUCAGCGCAACGGGUGGUAUAAGUGAGUUGUCCCAGGCCGACUCGGACCCGAAGACGGAUCAGAUGACAAAGUCCGCCACCUCGUCGAAGGUGUCGAAUAGUUUCAUCACGAGCAUCACGAGUAUUACGAGCCUCGACACGGGCUACCAGGGCGAUGGUGAAAUGUCUCGGCCUGCGAGUCGCGGAGCCGACCACUCACCGUCGAAUGGACCGCGCGUGAAGUCGGCACUCGGUGGAGGCGCCUGGCAACCGAUGAUGGCCGCCGCCGUGGCUGCCGUGCCGCGCCGUCAGGAUCCGAUGACUGAUUCGGAUUUCUUCACCGAAAGCGAUGCGGACGAUGUGUUUAACCGUGGUGACGCCCGCCGAGCGCAGAUCAUCGAUGGACAGCUGUACGGUGCGCCGGGUGGUGCGGGUGGAAUCGCGGGUGCGCAAGGUGCGAAUGCCAUAUUCAAUGCGAUAGACGAGCAGGACGAUCAAGAUCUGCAGCAGCAGCAGCAGCAUCAGCAACAGAAUCAGGAUGUGGGCCAAAACGAGGAUUCGUGCAUGGAAUCGAGUGGCAUUUUUACGGACGUGGAAAAUCGCGCCGAUGAUGAUCUGGUGCAGCGACGUGCGGAUGAUCAACAGCAGGCAGAAGCCGCUGCUGAAGGUGGCAGCAGUGGUGGUGGAUGUCGAGGUUUUGAUGAAGAUCAACAGCAGACAGCGGACGAUAUGAGCCCGGACGUCUCGACGGAUACGAUGAGCAGCAGCAACAGUCAGAACUUUGUGCGAGCUUCCGAACAGCAGCUCGCGCGAGAUGAUGAUCCAAACCAGACGUGCAAAUUGGUGCUCGACGAACGCGAGAAAGAUAAAACACGGUGCUGCGAUGACGGCAAGUCAAACUUAUCGCAACACAUCGGAGCUUCCCCGAAGGCGAGCGAACACCACUACCACCAUUUUGCGAUUACGACAAUGGCGGCGUUGAAAGCUGAUGGUGAUAUUGGUACCGCCGCGGGUACGACAGCUGGCACUAGCUCUCCUGGUAGUGGUGGUGGUGGCGUCGUCGUCGUUGCUGGGAACGUUGCGCGCCGUUGCGAUGCCGACAGCAGCUUCCACGAUGUCAGUGGCAAGAGAUCGGCCGUGAGCGGCAACAGUACUAACAGUGCGACCAGCAACGGCGCUAGCAGUGGCGGCAGUGCCAGUCGUAAGCAGCUCAAAAACGAAGCUAACCGUGGUCUAAGGAAACACCACCAGCAGCAUGCUGCGGGUGCGGAAAUGUCCGCUUCAUCCACUGUUUCGUCGCGUACGGAUCGUUUAAGCAAGACGCGUCCGUCGAAGGAUUUGCCGGAAGGGUCUCGUAGUGCGGGUGCGAUCGAGCAGUGCAAUAAUGCCGGUGACGACAGCGGUCCCGUCGAUGGGGUUGAUUGUGAUCAGGAAAAUAAGCGUCCCAGUGCGGGUGGUACGCGUGGCAAUGUGGGUGUAAGUGCACGUGGCGGUGGUGCCACAGGAUCCAAUUUGAGCUUUGUGAAAAAAUCCAACACACCGAACAAGUGGGACGCGGUGAUGAGCAAAAUAGCGGAAAAUAAGUCAGUGAUGAGGCGCAAUUUCAGUGACGUGAAGUCACGCAUUAGCUGUGGCAGUGCGGUGACCAGUGCAGGUGCAUCGAAGGGGGGUUCUACGUUGUUGCGGCGGGACUCGCCCGCAACGAACGCCGCGACCGGUUCGCUCAAGAGUCCACCGUCCGAAUGCACCAGCGUUGCAAGCCGAAGUUCCGCGCACGGCAAACGAACGAUCUCCGGGUCGGUGAAGAGAGGACGUACACACAGCAAAGAUAGUGAGCAAAGCUCGCUGAGUGAUCUUAGUCUGUCCGGAGGCUCACCGAAACUAGCGCUGAAACUGCCCAGCACUCGACCAGCCAAAAAGCGAGAUGUGCGCACAAUUAAUUCCUCAUCCAGCGACCUGGGUCCGCCGUCAAAGACGAAUGGUGCACCGCCGGCGCGUAGCAGCGCAGCCCGAGCGGCCGCCGCUUUGCAGAAACGUAUAUCUCCCAACAUAACAAACGUCUCGAUUCCGCUCGUACCGGAGCAGCUGAAGGCAUCGCCACCGUCAAAGCGCAAUAUGCUGCUGAAGCGGAACGGCACCGCCAAUGGAACGCUACCUGCCAAGACACCGCUGAAAGGUAAGCUUGCGGCACAUCUUCUAAAAGAUAAGGAAUCCAACAAGGAAAAAAGCAUCAAUGGAGAUCAUAACCGUCUUGCUGGGGCAACACAGACUACGAAAUCAUCUGCCGCCGCAACGGUCACUAGCAACUCGCCCAAACCGUUGGUAAAGUCACUGAUACGGUCGUCUACCGGCUCCAACGCAGCUGCGACCACGGCGUCUAAUCAUUACUCAACCCCGCCACACCUGCUAAACCAUCAUCAGCACGCCGUCAGCAAUGGCAACGGGGUGGCUACAGCACCGACCACGGCUACGGCGUCGGUCAAAGCGAUCCAGCGCAAUGGAACGAUUAUUCUGGAUAAAUCCAGCUCGCCGCUGUUGAUCUGCGAUGCCACCACAGCCGAGCCACCGGUUAAAGGGGCUGUCUCAGAAAUGGCGAAUAUUCGAAACGGUGCGGCCGGUACACCGGAAGACAUCGCCCUUCGGUCGGGGCAGUCGAAAUUGACGAUACCAUCCACCUGCUCGUCAUCACCGUCGUCGUCCGUAUUGGCGACAGGAAAGGAACCGAACUGUGAUCAACUACGCCAGCACCAAGGGUCGCGAGAGCCUGCCAAGGCCCUGAACAUCGAAGUCGUUGGCAAAAGUGGACCCGAGCUGGUUGACAUUAGCUUGCUCAACCAUGCCCAAAAGGGUGUGGAGGCAUUGGGAGUUUUAGUACAAUAUCUAGUUUUUAAUUUGGAUGCCUUUUCCUGUCCCACAAUCAAGACGGCACACCAGAAGACUACCGCUGAUCUGCUGGAAACCAAGUCCAUACUCGAUGAGGAGCGCACCAAUAGUCAGACACUGAAGCAACAGCUGCUGGAAACGACAGAACGUGAAACGGAGCUACAGGAACUGCAUCGCUGUGAACUUGGCCGGGUUGAAACCUGUCUGAGUGAACAGCAACGCAGUGCAGAUGAUCGGAUUGCCGCGUUAGAGGCUCAACUGCUCGAGAAAGAAUCCCACAGCCGCGAGCUGUUGUCGCGCAUCGAUGGUUACGAAGCGAAAUUGACCGAACAUGAGAUGCAGCUCGAAAACUCCCGAGCACGGGAGGUGGAUUUGCUGCAACGAAUUAACGCGCUCAGCUGUACCGAAAACGAACUGCGCGAUAAGGUUCACUCGAGCGAGUUAGCGUACAGCGAACGUCUACAGGCAGCGGCGAUGCGCGAACGUGACCUAACGGAACAGAUCAACGGACUGAACCGUGAUCUGGAGCGGAUUCGUCGGGAAACCGAGCGAAAGGAGCGCGAGCUGGAGGAAAAGCUUACCAUCACAAAGGACGAGUGUGUCGUGCUACGACAGAGCCGAAAUGGACCGGUGGAAGCAGCUAGCCAAAAUGGUACGGCAGCGGGUGCUGGUAGUAACCUGAACCUUUCGGGCAACCCGACAGUACCGCUGCAGCUAAAUCGCUCGUCCGGCAAUAUAAAUCACCUUCAAGUGCUGCAGGAUGAGGUGGACAGUUUGCGAUGCGUGCUUGAUCUGAAACAGCGCGAAAUUUCUGAACUUCGCAAACAGACGCAGGAGUACGAACGGGACGCUAAAGAGCUGCCAGGUGCUCUGACGAAAAUAUCAGCAAACGAAUCACGCAUAGAGGAUCUUGAGGUGCAGCUAAAAACCAAAACGGAGGAAGAGAAGGAGCUGCACCAAAAGUUAAAACAUAUGCAGGACAACCUGAAUCAGGAAAUCAAAAUCAAGAGCCGGUUGUCGUUGCACAAUGAAGAGCUACAAUGGCGGCUAAAGCAAAACUCUGAAAAAUUUACGCUUGCGUACGCUGAGUUGUCGAAGAGUUACCAUGAAAAUUCGAGCUUCAUGAUGAACGCCACGAAAUCGAGUCUGGACCAGUCGGCUUCGGCCCAUCACCAUCAUCAGCUGAGCCAUAAUCAAUCACGUUCGAGCUGUUCGGACCGGUUCUUCGACAUGGACGACAUUUCACCGCCGACCUCGCCAGUCAUUAAAGGCAUGGUGGAGAAGAGUGAUUCCGUCUCGUGGGUGCUAGAGAUUGACGACGAACCACCAGAGGUGUCGGCCUCGCGUAUGGUACGGCGAGCCGGUUCGUUCCGUUCGAACGCAGCGUACGAUUCGGUCGCCAAGCGUCCCAAAUGUGCCGGACUCAACCAGACAACGAACGGCGCGAUGCUGGGCGAACGUCACGGUGGUAUUCAACAGUCCAGCUCUGCGGCGUCUAUUUUGAAGCAACACUCGAGCGAUCUGUCUUCGGUAAAGCCACCACAUUCGGGCAGCUCUGCCAGCAGUCACCGGUUGCGUUCGAAAUCGGUCAGCAUUAAGGCGGCCGAACCGCCAAAGAAGAUUGUGCGAUCGAACUCUGGUGCAUCGGCAUCACCCUGUCCGGGAGUGUCGGGCAUCCCGUGCAAACCGUUGCGAAUGACGGACAUGCCAGGUUCUUGGAAGGAACAGCCUCUUUACAGUAGUUCGCCAUACGCUCACAAACGAUACCUGAGCGAAGACAUGGAUCUGGUUGGGUCCGGUUCGGGGAAACCAUUUUCCGAACAGCAUCAACACCAAAUGCAUCGAGCGAAAGACUUGUUUCUAGAGGAGACAGAAUUUUUAAGCGAACCAGAUAGUCCCUUUGCCCGGUGUCCGAAGCUUGCUGGCGAAGACAUUGCUAAUCCACCGGUCGAAAUCUUUCACCGCGACAAAACUCCAAACUUCAAGAAGAGUAAGGAAAACCGGGGACUCAUAACCUGCGAUACGACAGCACUAACUGGUGGAAGCUCAUCCGCCAAAGCGACCGGUUCUGGCUUGACGGCUCGCGAAAAGCGUCGAGAGUUUACACGCAAGGGAAAUCUCGCCGGUGGAACCAUACCGAAGGAGGCGGCUGGUGAGGCACUCGUGUCCGGUUCAAACUCGGAUGAUGAAGCAUUAUCCACAUCGUCCGCAUCGUCCUCGUCGUGCAUUUCGGAAGGUAGUCUGUCGUCCGCCACCGGCAGUAGCAACAGCAGCCACGACAAUAGUCCACUGCACAGCGGUAAGCGGAGCAGUGAUCGAAUGAACAACGAGGAUGACACGGUUGAAGGAGCGGCUAAUUCUUCGGAAGAACAUCCAUCCCAGCACCGGCGGCGCCAUUCGAACAUUUCGCUCGAGGACGCACUGAUGAAGAAGAUCGUGGCCAGCCUGAACGGUGACAACGGCGGUACGGAUGGGAACAACACUCCGAUGGAGGUCAGCUGGUCGGAAGAUGGUGAUCCGGGCUCGGAAUCGAACGUAUGACAUGACGACGACAGUUUCUAAGUGACAACAGAGCUCGUGGGUGAUAAAGAUGCGGUCAAAGUGGAAGAGGGAGGUGGUUAAGUUUUUGGGGGAAACAUAAUUCUUUAAGAACAGUCCUACAAUUCCCCACCUAACACACACAUAUAGCUACAGACGAUAGUACGGAAAUGACCAGUGUGGAACACACUGGAACUUCCCAAAUCCCACCCGGGAUUCCAAAUCUUCCGUAUAAUGCGACGGGUAAUACGCGGGUCAUACUGAUUCCGCAACGUAAUUUGCGUUUCGCGCUUCGAAUCCAUUGCUGUACAGGCCUGUAGUGGCUUUCGAGAAGGAUUCCUGCAAUAAAAGAGCAUACAUUUAAGGCUUCUUAAGAUAUAGGUACUUCGGUUCUCACACUGACUUCUAGAGUUGCUCCAGUUGCUUAUUAGUUGUUUAAUUUUAGCGUGUAAGUUUUGUUCUAUCCGUGUUUAUGUAAUACCAGUAGUCUUUAAUUUGUCGUUAAUAGAAUUAGCGCGCCUCCUUUGAAUUCCUCUGCAAAAGAGAGCAAUAAUCAACUCACAUCCAACACGACACACAAACCUAGGCAAACACAAACAUAACUGACAGAGCAGUGGCGAGAGUAUAUUUAAUCGAGAAAAUAAGAGAUACAAUAAUCGCAAUGAAAUGGUUGUUUUGUUUUUCGUUUUUCCUCGUUGGGAUGUAAUUUACCUUUUCCUCCGUUGCCACCAUGAAUUCAACAUUGCACUGACCCCGUAGUUCGAUGAUCGUUGUCGCUGUCUGGAUAGAAACUGUCGUUAAUGGGAAAAGGAAAGGAAACCCGAAGCCUGUACCAUUUGAAAAGUGUAUAAAAUAUGACGCUAACGCUAUUUGUCGCUUGGAAAGAAGUGGUAGGAGGAAGCGAUUAGUGUUUUCUGGACCAUAGCUUAGGUGUAUAGUAGCGUGUAAAUCAAAAGAAAUCAUUGUUGGUAACCUUUUUCUUCUUACUAUUAACCCGGUUGGAUCGAAACUUUACAAGCGAUAGUGCGUUUCAACUGAUAUCGAUGGGAUCUGUGGGAUUUCCCGCUUUAUUGUAUAUGUUUCUAUCACUUUCAUAUAAUUCUUGUUAUACUGUUAUGUUGUUUGUAAAAUUUGAGGCAACUUCAACAGCUGUUUGUUCGACGAGAUGGGAAACAUGUCGAAACACACAGUCGUUGUGAGUUGUAUUUGAGCGAACGUGAUCAGGAAAGCUGCCCGCCGGCACGGCACUAAGGGGCACGCUACGAUCGUUGGGUUCGUGUAGAUUUUGGAACGAUUUGUCCGAUCGGAACACGAUCGAGUAAAAAACACAGCACAGCAAAUGUUGCUGGUAGUUGUAAUAAAAUGAUUGUAAACAUAAUUAGUGUGAGGGAGGGAGAGUAGAGCAGAGUAAUAGAUUGAAACCAAUACGAGGAAAACGAUGGUCAGUCGAGUGAUUGCGGUGGAGUGUUUAUUUUCUUUCAAGUAAACUCCAGCCAUUUUUUGGAAUAGAGCGAGAGGUAGAAAACACACAGAAGCUGUUGGACAAUUUGCAGGAAGUAAUGUUCUUAUAAUAGAGUUUCCCUUUAGAAGCGUACGCGAAAUGCAGAACUUAAAUGGAGAAAUGAUAACAAAACUAAUCUAAACACACAACUACACACACACAAACUCACGAAACACAACAUUUGAUGAGAGUGUUCUUCAAUACUUCAAUUACGUGGUGACUGGACGAAUCUGGCGACAAAUACAAAAAACCAUAACGUGUGUGGUACAUGUAGAGCAUAAAACUCUUUGCGGAAAGAAGUAAAGCUAUUGUAAACAUUAUCUACUACUCAGAUUCUAUGACAAAACAAAGCGAUAAUUUAAUCCAAAGCUGAGUGUUAAUGUGAUUGUGUUGAAAUGAAAUGCGUGGUACAGAAGAGAUAUAAGAGCAAGCGGUGCGCUUAACGAGCAAGCAAAGCAAAUGCUGGUGAUCCACUGAGUUAAAAAUACAGAUUAAUGCAAACUGUAC